GCGGAAGUUGCCGACAGUCUUCCGGGAAGGGCCGAAGGGGGCUGUCCGUUGCCGUCCGACACACUCACGCACGAACAGAGCCCGCAGUAGGGAAAAGCGGCGGCGCUCUGAGGCGGGGCGGCCCCGGUUUCUUGGCCCCUUCGCUCCUUCCUUCUCUUUCUCUCCUCUCUCUUUUCUCCCCCUCGCUCUUUCUCCUCUCCCUGCCCCGCUCCCUCCCUCUCUCCCCCCCUCCAUCCCCGCCCCGGCCGCCCCGUCCCUCGGCCGACCCCGGCGGGCCAGACCAGGCCAGGCCUCGGGAGUCGCUUCCUCCGCCGCCGGCGCCGGCGCCCCCCUCUUCCCUCUUCCCCCCUCUCUCUCCUCCCCCCUCGUCCCUCCCUCCCCUCCCUCUCACCCCCCACAAGACGGGCCAGGCCGGGCCUCGGUAGCCGGGUGGGAGAGGCCCCGGCCGGAAGGGCGAGAGACCAGCCAGCCAUCCCUACGCCGCCGCCAGCCAGCCAAGCCAGUCAGGAUGAUCAAGCUUUUCUCGUUAAAGCAGCAGAAGAAGGAGGAGGAAUCGGCCGGCGGCACCAAGGGCUCCAGCAAGAAAGCCUCCGCCGCGCAGCUCCGCAUCCAGAAAGAUAUUAAUGAAUUGAAUUUGCCGAAAACAUGCGAAAUAGACUUUUCAGACCAGGAUGACCUCCUCAACUUCAAGCUAGUUAUCUGCCCUGAUGAGGGCUUCUAUAAAGGUGGGAAAUUCGUUUUCAGUUUUAAAGUGGGACAAGGGUACCCACAUGACCCACCCAAGGUGAAGUGUGAGACCAUGGUGUAUCAUCCCAACAUAGACCUAGAAGGCAAUGUCUGCCUAAAUAUCCUCAGAGAGGACUGGAAGCCUGUACUAACAAUAAACUCUAUAAUUUAUGGCCUGCAGUAUCUCUUCUUGGAGCCAAACCCUGAAGACCCCCUGAACAAAGAGGCUGCUGAAGUCCUCCAGAACAACAGACGCCUGUUUGAGCAGAACGUCCAGCGCUCCAUGCGGGGCGGCUACAUUGGCUCCACCUACUUUGAACGCUGCCUCAAAUAGAACUGACCGGCUCCGGGCACAAACCUGCCCUCCCCAUGCCCCUUCAUCUCCCUUCCAGCUCUCCUAAGGGACUCUGCCAACACCGCUGCCUUCAGCCACCAAGGGGGGCACAGGAGUCAGAAAUUGGCAGGAGGCCCCCUCCAUCCUCCUUUCCCCGCUUCCUCGCCCCACCUGCUCGCCUUCCUCCCCCCCCACUGCCAUCCUGGGGCCCCAGCAGCUGCCGCCUCACUAAACCCUCGUACCUUCUCGCCACUCUCCCUGUGUGCUGCUGCGGGGCGAGGGGUGAGGUUACUGCUGCUUCUCUGCCAUGCCCCACCGCAUUGGGGUAGCCACCUGCCCCAUGGGGCUGGGUGUGCGGGACCCCAUGAUGGUGCCUGUUUGCCUUUCUGGGGGCUGUGGUUUUGCUGCUAAGAACAGAAGGCUCCCUCUGUGCUCUGGUACCCCUGCCUGCAGUGUGGUAUAACUGCACUGCAUGAUCCGCAGGCCAUUUGCCUCUCCUUUCCUCCUCCCUUGCUGGGCACCACGGCUUCCGAGCGUAACUAUUUAUUACACAGGGGAGGCUCUCGAGGGCUGGGUGAGUCUGGGAGGCUGAGAGGGGGUGUUGAGCCAUCUCCAUCCUGCCCCAGGUGCCGUGGCUCUGGGGAGGCUGGGUCAGGCCUGGAAUAUUCCUUUUAGAAUCAACUCACUUGUGUGUCUGGUUUUUAAGGAAAAAUAAAAAAACCACAACCAAAACAACCAGUGCUAAUAAUAAUAGUAGUAGUAGUAAAAAUAUAAUGGGGGGCAGUGCUGUCUCCCAACUGUGUCCACCAGGGCCUGCCCAGCAACGAACACUCUCUGCCUCUCCAGUGACUCCUGCGAGCCCCUGGCCAAAAUAAAGCCACUGUACUUCUAGUGUGUCGGGUUAUUAAAGGGGAAUGUUAGCGCACUCAA